GACUACUGAAUAUAUAUGUUUCUGUUUGCAGGAAGAGGAGGUUCAGCGGGCGGAAAAUUCCGCAUCGCUCUGGGUCUCCCAGUUGGCGCAGUUAUUAACUGCGCUGACAACACCGGAGCGAAAAACCUGUACGUUAUUGCUGUGAGUGGUAUCAAAGGUCGUUUGAACAGACUGCCAGCUGCUGGUUCCGGUGACAUGUUUGUUGCCACAGUCAAGAAAGGAAAGCCUGAGCUGAGGAAGAAGGUAAUGCCAGCGGUCGUCAUCCGACAGAGGAAACCUUUCCGCAGAAAGGAUGGCAUCUUCAUCUACUUUGAGGACAAUGCGGGUGUAAUUGUCAAUCCCAAAGGAGAGAUGAAAGGCUCUGCCAUCACAGGCCCUGUUGCAAAAGAAUGUGCUGACCUUUGGCCCCGUAUUGCAUCUAAUGCCAGCUCCAUUGCAUAGUUCUCCAUUGUAACCUUAAUAAAGGUUUAAAAAGACAAA